GCCAGAGAGCACAGCUGUUCCACGAUGCUAAAACCCUGCGCAACCUGAUGGCCAACGAUUUACAAGCAGGACAGUGAUGCAAGCAGGCUUGCUCGAAAAAAAUAAGAGGGCUUUAGUUUGAAUAAACAUGGCUGUCUUGUCGUCUGCCCUGUGGGUUUUUAUAGAGACUGGCGCAGCGCUCGCAGGUCGCGUGUAGCAGAUUUUUAAUGGAAGCUGGGACGAGGGAGACGUCGUGAGGCUGGGGGAGUCGGAGCAUCAGCUGAGCGGAGAGGAGGGUUAGCAGGCUAGCCUUUGUGACAGAAUAGUUAUAACACAACAGUCUUCUGUCGUAAAACAGCCUCUGGUUCGGUUCAGUCACCAUGGCCACAAAUGGAAACAGCACUUCACCCGGGAUGGGAGAGAUCAUCCAGUUAAAUGUCGGUGGGACAAGGUUCAGCACCUCCAGACAGACUCUGAUGUGGAUCCCAGACUCUUUCUUCUCAAGUUUACUGAGUGGAAGGAUAUCCACUCUUCGGGAUGAAACUGGAGCAAUAUUUAUUGAUAGAGAUCCUACAGCGUUUGCACCAAUUCUCAAUUUUCUCCGAACCAAAGAACUGGACUUGCGAGGGGUCAACAUCAGCGUCCUGCGACAUGAAGCUGAGUUUUACGGGAUAACUCCUUUAGUACGGCGCCUGCUGCUGUGUGAGGAACUGGACCGCUCGUCCUGCGGCAGCGUCCUCUUCCACGGUUACCUGCCACCUCCAGCCAUCCCUCCCCGUAAGCCGAGCUCUGCCUUGACAGCGUCUGACGAGCGACCGGGUCCAAGUGGAGCGGAGGGCUUCACCCGUGUUGGUCUCCUUCCUCACCCUUCCUUGUCGGACUCAGCUGGCAUAAAUGACACAGAGAAACUAGGUCCCAUGGUUGACCCCAGGAAAGUAUUGAUUGUAGCAGGACACCACAACUGGAUCGUAGCAGCUUAUGCACACUUCGUCAUCUGCUACAGGAUAAAGGAGUCGUCAGGGUGGCAGCAGGUGUUUUCCUCACCCUACCUUGACUGGACUAUUGAACGUGUUGCACUUAAUGCCAAAGUGGUGGGCGGGCCGCAUGGAGACAAAGACAAGAUGGUGGCUGCAGCGUCUGAAAGCAGAAUCAUCCUCUGGAGUAUCCAAGAUGGGGGCAGUGGUAAUGAAGUAGGUGUGUUCAGCCUCGGUGUUCCUGUUGACGACCUCUUCUUUAUUGGAAGCCAGCUGGUGGCUACAAGUCACACAGGAAAGGUUGGCGUGUGGAAUGCUGUCACACAACACUGGCAGGUUCAAGAUGUGGUUCCCAUCACCAGUUGUGACACAGCAGGGUCCUUUCUCCUCCUGGGCUGCAACAAUGGCUCCAUCUAUUACAUAGACAUGCAGAAGUUCCCACUGAGGAUGAAGGACAACGACCUUUUAGUCACAGAGCUUUAUCACGAUCCUUCAAACGAUGCCAUCACUGCUCUGUCUGUGUACCUCACACCUAAAACCAGUGUGAGUGGGAACUGGAUAGAGAUAGCCUAUGGGACCAGCAGCGGGGCAGUGAGAGUGAUUGUGCAGCACCCAGAGACAGUGGGAUCAGGUCCUCAGCUCUUUCAGACGUUCACUGUGCACAGGAGUCCAGUGACAAAGAUUAUGUUGUCCGAGAAACAUCUGGUUUCAGUGUGUGCAGACAACAACCACGUUCGGACGUGGACGGUGACGCGGUUCAGAGGCAUGAUCUCCACACAGCCAGGCUCCACCCCUCUGGCUUCCUUUAAGAUACUGUCCCUGGAGGAGACAGAGAGCCAUGGAAGCUACUGCGCUGGCAAUGACAUAGGUCCCUUUGGAGAAAGAGACGACCAACAGGUAUUCAUCCAAAAAGUCAUCCCCAUCACCAACAAACUGUUUGUGAGACUCUCUUCAACUGGAAAAAGGAUCUGUGAGGUGCAGUCAGUGGAUGGAACUACCAUCUCCUGCUUCAUGGUUCGGGAGUGCGAGGGCUCCAGUCGAAUGGGAUCCCGACCACGACGUUACCUGUUCACUGGUCAUGGCAAUGGCAGCAUACAAAUGUGGGACCUCACCACUGCGAUGGACACAGCAAACAAAGGAGAAGAGAGGAGGAAAGAAGAUGUAGGUGGGCCAACAGAGGAGGAGCUGCUACAGCUGCUGGACCAGUGUGACCUGAGUACUUCUCGCUGUGCAACACCAAACAUUAGCCCUGCCCCCUCCGUGCUGCAUCACACACGCCUCAGAGAGUCGUGCUCGAGUCUGCAGCUACAGGCCCAGGAAUCCAUUCCUGGGAACCAGACCACUUACGGAGCGGUGCGGCCCUACAGAGAGAGCCCCCUGCUGGCUCGUGCUCGACGAACUGAAUCCUUCAACUGCUACAGAGAUUUCCAGAACUUCAGCCUGAGCCGGGGCGCCCUGGACAACACAGGUCAGACAUCCAACCACGGCUCCCUCCAGACUCCUGAUGUCCGCCGUUCACUUUGUGACUUUGGGCCUGAGGACGGGGAGAGGAGAAGCUCUGUUUUGGAGCUCUGGGCUCCCCGCUCCACAAGUGUGAGCUCUAACGUUUCUGCUGGAAGUGUCCCAGCGACAAAAGUAGAAGUGAGUCAAGAACUGUCACUGCAGCCUCCAGGCAGCCCUAACCCAGGGGGGGACGUCAGGCGAAAGGUGCAUUCUCAGUCAGAGGAAGGAGACAGUGUUGCAUCAGGAGGAGACGGAGCAAAGGCUGAAGGAGGUGUAAGGAAGAGGGGAGUACUAGAAGGGGGGUUUCUGGGGAGAAAGAGGGCUCCGCCCGUUCCACAUCUCUCAUCCCUCCCCUCUGGAUCUGAAGGUGGGGGCAGUGACUCAUCUGCAAAUGCCUCUCCCUCCCCAACCAAACUGGCUGCCUCCACCUCACCACGAAGCAGGAAAUUGGCACCUGAGCCUUCCAGUCAGGACAGCAGCCUGUGAGAGCAACUCUUGUUUUGAUUCCAGUCGGUGGCUUGAUCUUGUAGAGACAUCAUGUUGGUGCAUGCAGGAGCAAAUAAAGGAAGACAAAAUCAGCUGCACGGACACCAACUCUACCACCAUUCAUGCGUGCGUCAGGAUAUACGUUUGCUUUGAAUCCAUCAUGAAGCAGCUACAAGAUCCUAGCACUAUCAGAAUGACAUCUCAGUU